AGCCGAGAGGAGAUUGCAGCGGAGAGGUGGAUGAGCUGAGGCAGGGAGACCACUGUAAUGGACAAGAAGAGAAGAGAUGAGGUUUGUGAAUGGAGAGGUUUCUAGGAGGAUGCCCAGCCAGUCAGUUCGACAGUCCUUAGACCAGAUGGUGUGAGAGCUGGCCUGCCCGCUGACCUGCUGAAGCCGCACUUCCAGACCAGGUGUUCCAGGCCCGAACCUGCCGAUUUAAUUGAGCCGUGAUGUCGCUUUCCAAGUUCCAGAGGCGGAUAGUCUUGGAUUUUGCAGAGGGAGAGCCGGUACUGAUCUUCCAUGGCCUGAGGAUGCUCCAGGGACGCUGUAUCAGAUUGACGAUGGAAAACACAGAAGUGAAAUACCUGGUACGUUACCCAAGUGGGACCGGGGUCGGCCAAGAGGUUAAUGCCCAACCCCAGCAGGCCUCCCCUUCCAGUGGUGGGGCCUCAGCCCAGGAGCCUGAGAACGUAGCAAGAUGCCCCAAGGCCAAGGGCAGCACUAGCCGAGCGGGCCCGAGCACCAGCAAAGCAGGCCCCAAAACUAGCAAAGCAGGCCUGAGCAGCCACAAAGCGGGUUCUGGCUCCAGCAGAGCAGGCCAGAGCACCAGCAGAACAGGCCCAAGCCCCACCCGUUCCAGCACUAACCGAGCAGGCACCAGCACCAGCCCAGGUGGCCAGAGCACCAGCCGCACCAACACCAGCACCAACGACCUAGGGGGCGCCAUGGUUCAGGGGGCCUCCAGUGGAAGAAGCGGUAGCAGCGACUCUGUUUCCCAGGGAGCUGGGGGAGCCAGCACCAGUGACCCACAAUUCCCUGCCUCCCAAGAAGCCUCCAGUGGCUGGGACUAUGAAUGGAUCCCGAACAAUCGGGUGCUCCGCUACUCUCCUAACCAGCUGAAGCAUGAUAGUGAUGCCGCUAUUCAGAUGUCUGCCAGAACAGAACAGAGACAGGCUGCCUUCUCUAGUCCCAGACGCGCCUUCAUCUGCAGUGUUAGCAAUAAAGGCGACCACAGUGACCCAGGUGAAGGUAGCUCUUCCGAAACGACGCAGCCACCCGCCAAGCGGCCCCGAAGCCAAGGCAGGCCAUGGGAAUUGAGCAGCAGAAGUGAUGCUGGGGAUCCCCAAAAAGAUUCCACAGGAGGAUUUGAAGUCCAGGUCAACCUGCCCAAGUGCCUGAGAUCCCUGCUCGUGCAAGACUGGGAGCUGGUGAUCCUCGAGAAAAAGCUCUGCGACCUGCCAGCCAAAGUAAGCGUUGAUGCCAUCCUGUCUGAAUACGCCAUCUUCCCUAUGAACUGCCGUACCAGGGAUAAAAAGUAUGCUGUCUGUGGCCUGGUGGAUGUCCUCAAGGAAUACUUCAAUGCAAUCCUCAGCACCCAGCUGCUUUAUGAUUUUGAGAGGCCACAAUAUGAUGAGUUGGUGGUCAGCUACCCCUCUAGCCAGAUGUGUGAGCUUUAUGGAGGUGUGCACCUGCUGCGUCUCUUCCAGCAGUUGGGCCCUAUGCUUUCCUGCACUUCUCUGGAUGACAGCAGCUUGAUGGUGCUGCUGAGCCAUUUGGAAGAUUUCCUGGAAUAUCUGGCCAGUGAUCCUUAUCUGCUGUUUAUUGAUGCCAAGGAUUAUGUGCUGGCCUCUGAGGAGCACCUGAAAGUAGUAUAAAGGUAUGGUGGUCUUGGCUCCUGCCAGAUUAGCAUUUCCUGGAGCCAAUCUACUGAGUCUAUCAGCCCAUAUCUUGCCAAAAUGAUCUCUUCCUUUAAAUUUCCCCUUAACUACUUCCAUGGAGGAAGCCUCUUCUCUCCUUUCAGAACAGUAAUUUGCAGUAAUGGACAUAGAGACUGGGAUGCCAAGUGGGAACAUUCCCUGCCUGCCUAGAUGACCACAAGGCCUGUUGUGUACUCUGCAUCCUGAUGGCUCCACACCUCAGCACUCAGGAACUGUGUUAAUGCUCAGUAACGAAAAACCUUGAUUGAUGAUUGUCAGUGCCAAAGAUAUUGUCACUUCAACAGGUUUCUCUUCCAAGUGCUUUGUCUCUAUGCACCGAUUACUGAACUGUUCUGAUCUUUGCUAUGUUGAUUCCAAUGCAUAAUUUGGUAAUAAGAGAAAAACACUCAUCAGUAUUGAGUGAUGUCUAAGAAAUUUCCUCCAUCAGAGGGCUGUCAAAAGGGUCAAAACUGAAUUGAUUUUGCUGCCCAAAGAAGGUAUACAUUUUUCAUGUGGUUCUUUGCUUUUAAAUCUCAGCACUUAGGACUUGUGAUAAUGCUCAGUGUCCAAAGACCUUUAUUGCUGAUUGUUGGUGCCAAAGAAGUCACCGCUUUAACAGGGGUGGGUGUGGGGUGGGUGUGUUGGGUUAUCUGGUAAAUGGGACUAGUUACCUGCCCCUUCUUGAAAUGUGACUGUGUUCUUCCUCCAUAUGCUUUAUCUCUAUGCCCCAAUGUCUAAUGUUUGCUGUCUUGAUUCCAAUGCAUAAUUUGGUGAUAAGAGAAAAACACUCAUCUAUACUGACAGACGUCUACAAAAGUUUCUCCUUCAAAGGGCUUUCAAAAAUGCCCAAAAUACAUUGAUUUUGCUUCACCAAAAAGGUAUAUAUGGUUCUGUGCUUUUACACCUCAGCACUUAGUACCUAUGUUAAUGCUCAAUGUCCAGUCUUGGACUGAUUUGUUGAUGCCAAAGAUGUCACCACUUUCAAGGGUUGUGGAUGUAUUGGCUUAUCUGGUAUGUGGGGCUGGUUAUCUGCCCCUUUUUGCAAUGUGACUAUGUUUUUCUCCAUGCUCCAAUGGCUGAACUGUUCUGUAUUUUCUGUAUUGAUUGCAAUAUAUAAUUUGGUGAUAAGAGAAAAACACUUAUCUGUAUUGAAAGAUGUCUAGAAAGUUCCUCCUUGAGAACACUUCCAAAAGUGUCCAAAAUGUAUUGAUUCUGCUGCCCCAAAAGGGUGUGUAUGUGUGUGUGUCUGUGUCUGUGUGUGUCUGCGUGUGUGUGUCUGUGUGUCUAACAUCUAUAUGUUUGGUUCUGUGCUUUUACAUCUCAGCACUUAUGAUCUAUGUUAAUGCUCAGUGUCCAAAGCCCUGGACCAAUUUGUUGGUGCCAAAGAUGUCACCACCUUAACAGGGGGUGGGGGUGGGGGGUUGGGUUAUCUGGUACAUGGGACUAGUUAUCUGUCCUUUCUUGAAAUGUGAAUAUUCUGGCUUUCUAAAUGCUUUGUCUCAAUGCCACAAUGACUUAACUGAUCUGAUGUUUUCUGUGUUGAUUCCAAUGAAUAAUUUGGUGAUAAGAGAAAAACACUCAUCUGUGUUGACAGAUGUCUAGGAAAGUUUCUCCUUCAGAGGGCUUUCAAAAGUGUCCAAAAUAUAUUGAUUUUGCUGCCCCCAAAAGUAUACAUAUUUUUAUGGUUCUGUGCUUUUAAAUCUCAGCACUUAGGACCUAUGUUAAUGCUCAGUGUCCAAAGUCCUGGACUGAUCAUUAAUUGUUGGUGCCAAAGAUGUCACCACAUUAAUGGGGGGUGGGGGUUGAGUUAUCUGGUACAUGGGACUAGUUAUUUGCCCCUUCUUGAAAUGUGAAUAUUCUCGCCUUCUACAUGCUUUAUCUCAAUGCCUCAAUUACUGAAUUGAUGUUUAUUAUGUUGAUUCCAAUACACAUUUAGAUGAUAAGAAAAAAAUUAUAUUCUGUAUUGACAAAUGUCUAGGAAAGUUCCUCCUUCAGAGGUCUUUCACAGAUGUUGAAAACAUAUUGAUUUUGUUGCAAAAUAAAAAAUGUGUGUGUACUU